GGAGGGCGCGGGAGGCGGAGGAUGCCGCCGCCGCUGCCGCCGCCGCCACCCGCGGGCCCCCGGCGAGCCUGACUCCAGACCGGAGGAUGGAGCCGGCGCUGGGCGCUGCAGCGGCUCCCGGCGCGCCCCCGACCAGGUAGCUGGUGUCCUCCCUUCCGUGUGGUUGGAAGAAGGAUCCCCUUGCCCAGCUGUCCCCUCGGAGCUGCCCUUUCUACUUGGAGGCCUGGGUCUGCUGGUCACAGGCUGGGACUGCCGGCUAGACCUGGAGACGCUGGCAGCUGCGGACCCCCCAGCUCGGAGCAGCCCCUCUUUGACCUAGAGCCACGGAGAAGCAGCCCCAUGAAGGUGCCCAGCCAUGCAAUGUUCCUGGAAGGCCGUCCUCCUCCUCGCCCUGGCCUCCAUCGCAAUCCAGUACACCGCCAUCCGCACCUUCACCGCCAAGUCCUUCCACACCUGCCCGGGGCUGGCCGAGGCCGGGCUGGCCGAGCGCCUGUGCGAGGAGGGCCCCACCUUCGCCUACAACCUGUCCCGCAAGACCCACAUCCUCAUCCUGGCCACCACGCGCAGCGGCUCCUCCUUCGUGGGCCAGCUCUUCAACCAGCACCUGGACGUCUUCUACCUGUUUGAGCCCCUCUACCACGUCCAGAACACGCUCAUCCCCCGCUUCACCCAGGGCAAGAGCCCGGCCGACCGGCGGGUCAUGCUGGGUGCCAGCCGCGACCUCCUGCGGAGCCUGUAUGACUGCGACCUCUACUUCCUGGAGAACUACAUCAAGCCGCCGCCGGUCAACCACACCACCGACAGGAUCUUCCGCCGCGGGGCCAGCAGGGUCCUCUGCUCGCGCCCUGUGUGCGACCCCCCGGGGUCCGCCGACCUGGUGCUGGAGGAGGGGGACUGCGUGCGCAAGUGCGGCCUGCUCAACCUGACCGUGGCGGCCGAGGCCUGUCGCGAGCGCAGCCACGUGGCCAUCAAGACGGUGCGGGUGCCCGAGGUUAACGACUUGCGGGCUCUGGUCGAAGACCCCCGGCUCAACCUCAAGGUCAUCCAGCUGGUGCGAGACCCUCGUGGCAUUCUGGCUUCGCGCAGCGAGACCUUCCGCGACACGUACCGGCUCUGGCGGCUCUGGUACGGCACCGGCAGGAAGCCCUACAACCUGGACGUGACGCAGCUGACCACGGUGUGCGAGGACUUCUCCAACUCCGUGUCCACCGGGCUCAUGCGGCCCGCCUGGCUCAAGGGCAAGUACAUGUUGGUGCGCUACGAGGACCUGGCGCGGAAUCCCAUGAAGAAGACGGAAGAGAUCUACGGGUUCCUGGGCAUCCCCCUGGACAGCCACGUGGCCCGCUGGAUCCAGAACAACACGCGGGGCGACCCCACCCUGGGCAAGCACAAGUACGGCACCGUGCGCAACUCGGCCGCCACGGCCGAGAAGUGGCGCUUCCGCCUCUCCUACGACAUCGUGGCCUUUGCGCAGAACGCCUGUCAGCAGGUGCUGGCCCAGCUGGGCUACAAGAUGGCCGGCUCGGAGGAGGAGCUGAAGAACCCCUCGGUCAGCCUGGUGGAGGAGCGGGACUUCCGCCCCUUCUCGUGACGCGGGCGCCGUGGGGAGGGUGGGAGGCACUUGUGUCGGUUUUGAUAAAAUGGACCGUUUUUAACUGUUGCCUUAUUUCCCCCGCCCUCUCCCACCCCGGUCUUUGUGUCCUUCCCGCCCCCUGCCCACCCCGCUCCCUUCUGCCUCUUUUUGUCUCUGAAAUUUGCACUACGUCUCGGACGGGAAUCACUGGGGCAGAGGGCGCGCGCGGUGGGCUACGGUCCCCACCCCACCCCAUUCGGACACACGGAUGCUGGGUCUCUGCGUGGACGGUGACAAUGUUUACAGGCACCACACUCACACAGUCACACACACACACGGCACCCAGGAGGAGAGGCACCCAAGCCACACAGCUUCUCCAAUUUCCGAAUGGAUGAGUGGUGGGGGUAUUGUAGUUUUUGCACUGUCUCAUACAAGGUAAGAAGAUCCAAACAAAAGGACCACUUCCCUCUAAUUUAUGAAUGGUGUCCACCCCUUCCGCAUCCCUGCUUCCUGCCCCAAUGCCCACGUCCCCCCCUUAGAGCAGAGAAACUGCCCUCUCCUGCCCACCCUUGCCUGUCGGUGAGCAGGUCUUUGCUGUGAGGUGAAUGUGGGCCUUGUUUAUUUUUUCCAGUCUGUGGCGAUGCUGUCUGUCUGUCUGAGUCUCGUGGCUGCCCCCGGACCAGCGAUGACUGAUGAAUCUUACGAGUUUCUGAUUGAUCUUGGGGUCCAUCUGUGAUAUUUCUUUGUGCCAAAAAGAAAAAAAAAAAAGAGUGGAUCAGUUUGCUAAAUGAACAUUGAAAUGCUUUAUCUGUGUUUUCUGUAAAUAAAAGAGUGCAAUAA